AAUAGUCUUUUAUAUUUAUCAAAUUUUAAGUUAUUUUAUGUACUUUUUGUUUAAAUGGAAGAUUCUGUGAAAAUCGAAGAUGUCAUUGAACAGCCAAGCACAGCGGACUGCUCGGUUGACCCUCCUGCACCACCUGCGCAAUCUGCACCACCUGCAUCAGCUCCACCACUUGCAUCAUCUUCGCUCCCGGACUUGCAGAUGUCGGCGGCUCACAUUCAGCUGAGCGCCGAAUCGUCUGAAGAGCCCACUCUGGAGGUGCUUUGGAAUCCAUCAACGCUGAUCGACCUGGAGUCCGAAGAGUUCGAAUUGAUUAGACUACAGUCGAGCACCGAACUAAAGCCGAACGGAUCCAAUGGCUCGAAAAGCUUUACUGCAGAGAUGUUGGAGCUGCAUGAACUCAUCAACGAGCAAUUUCCAUUAUCAGAGACGUCGGAGGAUAAGUUAGUAAGCCUUGAAAGUAGUUCGGAUAGUAGGAUGACAAAGACUUUCAUCAACCAAAUGGACAUCAAGUCAACCUUCCAGCCGUGCUCUAGCGAGGAUUCGGGCCCAGACUCGGGAAUAACAUAUAAUUCGCAAGCGAAUAGUCGCGUUAACUCCGAUGAGAGGCUGCCCCUAAGGGCAUCUCAUCUAAAUGAGAAUUUCAGACUAAUUCCUUUGAUUGAUAUGAGCGAUGACAUACAUUAUGACAGGAAGGGGCCCGAGCGGCCUUGUUAUAAAGAUCAGUUGGAGCCAAUACUGAAGGCUGGCAUUAAAUGGGAUCUUAAGGUGUUUGUGGGGAUAUAUAAGUUCUAUUGCUUUCAGUGCGUGCUGGAAGUAUAUUCCCCCUACUUUCGACGCAAAAAAUUGGAAGAUGUGGUGCAAUUGCCAUCGCAUAAGGUCACCCCGCGGGCCUUUUACACCAUCUACUAUUGGAUGCUGCACGAAAAGUUGCAGCCCCAUAAACGCUACAGCAAUCGCUACCUGCUGGAAAUCUAUAGUUCGGCCAAAUAUCUAGGCAUCCCGGAGAUCGUCGACGCCGUCUGGAAUAACCUGGACAUUAUUAAGAAUGAGAACGAGGCCUUCACCCUGAUGCCCGACCUGAACUACAUGGAUUUGACGAACUUUGAGUUUCUCUGCUACGCACGCAUCAGUCGCUUCUUUCUGACCCUUGUCGCAUCGCACGAGUUCAUCGAAAUGGAAUUCUAUAAUGUCAAGCGACUCCUUUCCAAUCACAAUGCUGGCGUGAACAGUGAGAUUGAGAUCUUCUAUUCGGCCGUACGUUGGGUCAGCUACGAUUGGCCCGAUCGUGUUGACCAUGUGCCUGACCUAAUGAAGUGCAUUCGUUUUAAUCAUCUCUCGCCCAUAUUCUUACGUUUCCUGCAAAAGCAGCACAGCACACGUGUAAUGCAGUACAUAGCCAAUUUACCAUAUGUGCAGGACCAGAUCAACAAAGCCUUUAUCUACGCCUCCGCUGAGCUCUUCUGCAAGGAUCCCCAGCAGACGUUGCCUUUUCCGGUGCCCGAGUUCGAAGUGCCGGAGCAGCGCCGUUGGAUCUAUGACGAAAAGUGCUCCUAUCACCAUGACCUCAAGUGUAGCCAACGUCAGUUUAUUACCUAUCAACAGUUCCUCAGCUAUCUGGAGAGUCUGCACGAAACAGGACCUGAUUACUGGCGCAACCUAGUCUAUAUAACCGAGCCCAUCAAGUGCUGCACACGGCUCAUGCCUGAAUAGACACACACAUACGCACAAACACUGGUCUUUAUAAAUAUUUAUGUAUGUAUACAGUUACACACCUCCACUGUGUGUGGCUGGCCAGGCGGAAGUAUGCCGCAACAUUUGGCCAGCCAAGUCUUUCCAGUUGGAUUUCAUCGAUUUUUAAUAAGACAGCUAAAUGCGA